UCCAAGACCAAAUCACCACCACAUACACUAACGAAGGACCAUUUUUUCUUGUUAACAUCCAAUGAGCAAAUUUCUCAUUUCUACUGUGAGAACCGAUUGGAUCAAGAAGCUCUGCGUGGACAUUGGAGCCUCGUUUCUGUACUGCAACUGUCCAUCGUCUCUUCCCACGAGUUGGUGACACCAAGAAACAGCGACUAACGCCCAGAAAAGAAUGGAGAUGGCUCCGGAGUACGGCGCUUUCGUGAGCAAAUUCGUGCUCAAGCCUCCCUCCCCGUCUCCCUCGCUUCCCUUGGCCGGCCUCACCUUCGCCGUCAAGGACAUCUUGGACAUUGAAGGACAUGUGACUGGGUUUGGAAAUCCUGAUUGGGCGAGGACUCACGCGCCUGCAUCUUCCACAGCUCCAGCUGUUUUGAAUGUGUUGAAAGCGGGUGCUACAUGCGUUGGAAAAACUGUCAUGGAUGAAAUGGCAUACAGCAUAAUUGGGGAGAAUAAACAUUACGGCACACCAAGGAACUCAUGUGCACCCGAUCGUGUGCCUGGAGGAUCUUCCAGUGGAUCUGCUGUUGCAGUAGGAGCAAUGCUUGUCGAUUUCUCCCUGGGAAGCGACACUGGAGGAAGUGUAAGAGUUCCCGCAUCUUACUGUGGGAUUCUCGGAUUUCGGCCUUCACAUAAUGCUGUUAGCACUGUUGGAGUCAUUCCAAUGGCACAAAGUUUGGAUACAGUAGGUUGGUUUGCUAGGGAACCGAGCAUCUUGAAGCAGGUUGGUCGUGUUCUUCUUGAGUUGCCUGAAGCAGAUCCAAAUAGACCUAGUCAGAUCAUUAUUCCAACAGAUUGUUUCCAGCUUUUAAACAUUCCAAGUGAGCGACUGACUCAAGCUCUUGUAAGAUCAGUGGAGAAAUUAUUCGGAGGUGCUAUAAUUAAGCAUGCUGUCCUUGGGGACUACAUCAGAGACAGCGUUCCGGCCUUGAGUUCUUUCCUGUGUCAAAUAAAAGAGGAUCAAGUAGACAGCAUACCAUCUUUGGCAGCUCUUUCUAGUGCAAGGCGGUUACUUCAGAGGUAUGAGUUCAAGAAUCAUCACGAGGAUUGGGUUUCUGCUGUCAAGCCCGAUUUGGACCCGAUAAUAUCAGAACGGGUCAGGCAAGCCCUCGAGCUGACUGAAGAAAAUAUUGAUAUCUGUUGGUCAGUGAAGAAAGAAUUACAUUCUGCUCUUACUUCCCUACUCGGGGAUUUCGGUGUCCUUGCAAUCCCCACGGUUCCUGGGCCUCCGCCAAAGCUACAAACAGAUGCAUCCUCUCUGGACGUCUCCGUUGAAAAGGCAUUCAAUUUGCUUUCCAUUGCUGGUUUAUCAGAAUUCUGUCAGGUAAGCAUACCGAUGGGGCUGCAUGAUAAUUUGCCUAUCUCGAUAUCCUUGCUGGCAAAAAACGGUGCCGAUGGGUUCCUGCUAGACGUCGUCGAGACGCUGUAUGAGUCUCUUCAGGAGCAAGCUGCUAUUGUAGAGAAAUCAGUUUGACGCAUGCACGCCUCACCCUUUUCCCGAGAUGCUUCUAGCUAUAUUUACAGGCCGAUAUCCUUGUACUUAUGCUGUGUGCGGUCGAAUGUAGCGCGGACUCUGUGAUUUUCAUAAGGCUGUGUUGCUGAGAAAAUAAAAGUUCUUGGUAUCAUACAGCCCACUCGUUUAUAUUCUGAGAGAAUUUGUGGGUGCUUAUCGUGACACUUUGAGCAUUUUGGCAACCAAGUGCGUGCGCAGUCUGUCAUAUUGGUAAGGAAUAAGGAGUGUGUAACAUUUCCUUCUA